AUGGAGAAGGCUUGGGUGGUGAAGGAGGACAAGAAGCACUCUGGAAAGCUGGCAUUUAUUAACUUCAGAAAUGCAGUAUGGCAUCAAUCAUUUCUGAAGAUCCUUGCCUGCCUCACACCACUGUCAAAGAUUGGAUCUGCCAUUAAAUGCUGGGAUGACCUUGUCCAUAUCUUCUAUCCAAUCAUACUCAUACUCUCUGCAGACUAUGAAGAACAUAAUAUCCCUGACACUCUUGCAGUGCAAAGGCAUUAUGUGCUUGGGCCCAAGAGUCUACAACAUUGGAAGCAAGAGAACAAAUAUUUAGCUCUGAGAGCCUUUGUGAUGUUGAUUGAUCACCAGUGGGCCAAACUGCAGAAAUAG